AUGGACGACGACGACAUAAUAUCUGAUGGACCACCUCGCUCAAAAACACCUAGGGAAUCAACUGGACCCCGGUUCACUGUUCAGUGGCACAACGACCAUGGACUUACUGACGUGCUAGUGAAUUAUCUGAGUACUCACCCUGCCGAUUGCAGGAUUUUGUUUUAUUCAGAUGGAAAAAAGUCCAUGGCUGCUACUGGUGCUGAUAGCCCCUUGGGCUCAGACAGGCAAAUUUACGGUGGUCUCGCCAAGAUCAUCUUUACAGAUCACCCCAAGUACGGUGCCGCAUAUUCAUCUAAUCCCAAAAAAUUCUGCGAUGCUGUUGGCAGUCACAUCACCACGCAAGUCCUUUUUCUCAGGAACAAAUACAAGAAGGUCAAAGCGUCAUUUGGCAGCACGGGCGCUGGGGUGAUGCCAACUGAAGGGAGUCAGGCAAAGAACCUGUUGGAUGCAGCACUUUUGGAGCUGCUGUGGUACAAGGAUCUUGAUACCAUCUGGCACUCCAAUCCUUCGAUGGCUGCGACCACACACUCGUCAAAACCGGGCGUUGAUCACGCUGGUGCCCUGUAUUCCCUUGUUCAGUCGAAUAGCGGGGCCGGUUCCUCUACAUACUUCGGCGCCACUCAGCAGCCAUUGCAUCCCCCCAACAUUCAGCCAUCGCAUCCCUCCAACAUUCAGCUAUUGCAUCCCCCAAACUUAUCAUAUCCUGUGCCCCUGCACUAUGCCCCCCAUGUACCUCCUAACGCGAAUAUACUUGCUGGCGGCCAGUAUCCACCAGUGGUGCUGCAACAACCCCCUCCUGCUUCAUCCUAUCCCCCUCCCAAAGUCCAUCUUCCCGGCCUUCCAUCAGAUGAUGAUGAUGCCGAAAAUAAUUUUUCAUUUGAUAGGUGCCUGGGGGAUCCUGCCGAGGACGAUGACAUGAUACUCGAUGACACUUCCCCAGUUGCGGGGAAGAAGUGUCAGCUCCCCUCAACACCAUCUCCUCCUCCCAAUGUUCCAGAACCAUUCGAGGUACCAGCAAAAACUCCAGCAUUGGCAUACAACAGCUGUUCGGUGUUUAGGGCGCAGAAGCCCUCAAGCCAUGGGAGCUGA